AAUUAGUAUACAUGUAUAAAAUAUAUGACAUACAUAUUUUGAACAAAACAUUCUAUAUGCUAAUUAGGACGGAAUGGAGAUGAUGACAAACACAUUCUAGAACAGUUCUUUUCUAUAUGUGACAAGGUUACAGACAGUUCAUAUCAGUUUAUCAACCCGAACAGUCAAGAAGUUUAGUUUAACCCAGAGUUAGAAAACUGAUCAAAACUGCAUUCAAGAUGUUUGUACUACGUGCUCUUCGACUUAAGAAAAAGAUAGCACCUGUGGAGGAUUUUGUGGCAGAUGAGAGCAAACAACACCUCAGCUCUCAUAAGAGUGUUGCUGCCCCCUCUGCUCCAGUGUCAGCAACAACAGCUGAAGCUGGAAAAACUAAAAAGACCAAGAAUGGCUUUUCAGAAUGGCUUGGCAGUUUCAGCCAGAAGAAGAAAACUGAACCCAAAGAGGCUCCCAGAUGUAAAGACAGUGACACCAACGUAACCGAUCAAUCUACAGAAUCAACUGAGUCAUCCAAGAAGACCUGUUGGUGGCGUCGGCUGUUUAAAUGUUGUAAGAAAAGAACACGAGUCUCUCCAUCUGCUGCUGCCCCCGAACACCAGGAGACUUUUCAGAGGAGCUGCAGAAAAACACCAGAAGAGACAAACGAGGAGAUAAAGCGGAGCUCACUUUCUUGUCAGGACAUGGACGUGCAGUCUGUCACAGAGCUGGAAAUAUUGGAAGAGAACUUGUCGUCGGCAAAAUUUCCCGAGCCGGAGGUCAUCGAAGUGCUGCCUGAGGAACAAUUUAACAGCAGCCGUCCUGAAGCACCAAAAGAGACAAUUAAGCAGCAAAAGUUGAGCUCGUUGUCACAAAAAGACCAGGUGGAGCCGAUCAUCGCCCAGCAGGGGGAUUCCUGCUCAGUCAACGGCCAGCCAAGAAAACACAAGAACCAGUUGCUGCUGCCAGAGAUACACGACGACUGCUUCCUGGCAGAGCAAGCCAUUAUCGAGGCUCUGAUCCAAGAAGAGGUCAAAGAAAGAGUUAAAAACAACCCAAAAAGUGUUGUCCAUUUCAGUGAUGGUGAUAAGAGAAGCACCUCUACCAUCAGCAGCUUUGGGUUUCCAAACAUUGGGAUGAGCUGCUACAUGAACUCCAGCCUGCAGAGUCUCCUGACACUCGAGAACUUCGUCAGGGACAUCAGCUGCCAGGAGGACGUUUGGAAUUCAGUCCCUGAGGCUCGACUGUUGAGAAGCUUCAUGGCAAUCAGAGAUGCCCGCGCCUCCAGCGACAGCAAAAGACCCCUCAUGUGCUCUUUUAAGGAGGUAGUCUCAGUCCAGGCGCCUGAGUUUAGAGACUGUCAGCAAAAAGACGCUCAUGAAUUCCUGACCACGGUCCUGGACCAGAUGAGGAGUCUGUCCCCUGUGCUGCAGGACAUUGCAGCCUGCAACAGUAGAAGAUACACCUGCCCUGUAGAAAAUCACCUGGUGUUCAAGCUGGAAAACACCAGGACAUGCAAGAGGUGCGGGGUCCAGUCAAAAAGACAGGAGGUGUUCACUAACCUUUCCCUGGAUCUGGUUCCUGGAGGAACUGUGGACGACAUGCUCCAGGAGUACCUGAAGGAGACGGAGCUGGAGUACAGAUGUGAAUGUGGAGGGAAAACAUCUGGACAGAGGUUGGCCUUCGAGACCCUGCCAAGAGUGCUCAUCUUGCACCUGAAGCGCUUCCGCUUCACCUCAAGCUACCAGAUGGUGAAGGUGCAUGACCCUGUCAUGCUGGACAGGGACCUGGUGGUGUCCUCCAAACUGGGUGGUGGCUGCUACAGUCUGGUCAGUGCAGUCAGCCAUCUCGGCACCAGUGCAACAUCAGGACACUACAUUUGUGACGGCAUCCACCCAGACGACUGUCUGGAUGAGCCAGCUGACCACUGGCUGACAUACAAUGACUCAGAGGUCACUGAAACAACAGGCGCAGCCGUGUGUGAGCAGCGUCGGAAAUCUGCCUACAUCCUUAUCUACGAGAGACAGGUGUAGGACAAGGGGAAGGACAGGGAAGGGGACACUCCAGGAGAGAAGGUAAGUCUGACAUUUUUUCUGUAGGUGGUGGUCAUCAGUCCCUUCCUUGUGAGGGCUGUGGGACCUCCAGCCAGCUGUUCCUGGCCACAGGACGUCCAUGGACAGAAAGAAAGACUGGACACAAAAGAAGGAUGGACGCAGGCCAAGGAUGAACGCACCGUGGCCUUCAUCCAGUGUCAGCAACAACAGAUGAAGCUGGAAAAACUAAAAAGACCAAGAAUGGCUUCUUCAGUUUCAGCCAG